GAAGAAGAGUGGCUCCGCUACUGCUCGGCUUCCGUAGCUUACGAAAGCAAAGGUGACUAGCGUCUCUGCUAAUUUCGCAUGUUCCUGCUGCAACUUUGAACUGAUCGGGAGUUUUUCCACAAACAAAGAGCCCUCAACAUGGUUUCUGGGAAGCGUCUGGCUGAUAUCGGGUACCGGGCGUUCUCUGCGUCGAUGAUGGUGUUGACGCUGUACGGCGGAUACCUGUGUGCCAUGCGAGGAUACCGCUACAUGAAGCGGCAGGAGCAGCUGAAACUGGCAGCGGAAAACCAGGACGCUGAACUCAUCAAGGACUGAUCUCGUUCUGUGUUUUUGAAGAAGGACUGUGUGAAGAUGAGGCCCCGCUGAGGAGCCUCGUGAUUAUAUCAAACUGUGGUGGAUAAAAAGUCGCUCAACAUGUGGAAGUUUGAUUUAUAUUAAAUGUAUU